AUGUGGCACAGCCAAGCCAAGUCUGCGGAGAAACAGGAAAGACCUGGCUUGGUGUGCCACAUUUCAAAACACAAAGCUUCAGACAACUUCCACACUGCCAGAACGCUGCGCCCCGGCCAUGACAAGACUGACGCGCAUGGAGCUGCGUUGUUUCCAUGGCAACAAGGGACGGAGGAACUUGACGUGUUGGCGAUCCGAAUGGUGGAAGUGAUCGCUCGGAUGUUUACCUUAGCAACCAUGGCGGAGACAGACGCAGAAAGCGUGAAGACAGAGUCCCAAGCUGGGGAAGAACCCUUACAAUAUUUAUCCGAGUUAAGCAUCGAGCAACUGGAGAUACUUACCCGGGAUACUAGAGAUGCCGUUUCUAUACUCAAAGCAGAAACAGACAUGCUUGACAAAUUCCAUAGCAGGCUGGACCCUAAAGACCUGGUGCCACCUCCAACUACUGAUGCUGUGCUAUCCACACUGGAUUUCAGCCAGAUGCGCAGCCGACGCAGGUCUAAAUCACGUGGUCAGAUUCCUGAACGUCUUUUGAGUCUAACUGUGGACCAGAAGUGUGAACUUGUGCAGAAGGAAUUGGAGGAGUCAAAGGAAGAAUCUCUGAGAAAUGAGGAGAAUGCUGAAAAGGAUUUGCAAAAUCUCAAGGCCACAGUGGAGGAGGCAGAGUUUCGCAGUACAGAUAUAAAGAAAUCCAAGUAUGAGUUUGAACGAGACAUUGGCAAAGCUGCAAUAAGCAUCAAAAAAAGUGCUGGUGUGUCUCCAGAUAAAGUCAUCCGCUACAUGGAGGAGAAGAUGCGUGCUAGAGACAGCUUAGUGGACAAACUUCGCCUGAAAAAUGCUGCCCUCAAGGUCCAAAAGAAGAAAAUGAAAAUGCAGGUUAAACAGAAGGAGGAGAUGGGGGAGGUGUUACACGAGGUGGAUUUUCAGCAACUGAAGAUUGAAAAUGCGCAAUUCUUAGAGAGAAUUGAUGAAAGAAACCAGGACCUGUUACAGCUAAAACUGACUGCAGGGGACACUCUUCUGGUUCUAAACCUCUUCAAGAAGAAGUUAAAUACUGCAAUGGCUGAGUCAACACAUUUGGAUAAGGAAAUCCAUAUGAGAAAAGAGAUGCUGCAGAGGAUUGAACUGGAGGCCCAACUCGUGGAGCAGGACAGAGAAAAGGCAGAGAGGGUAAACAAGAAACUCAGAAAACAGCUCCAUGAUUACCGUGUGCCUGAUGUUUUGGAAUAUAUUCAGGAAAAAACUGAUCAAGAAGAUCUGGAAAAAAGUAUUAGAAUCUGGGAAAGGAAAGUAGAGAUUGCUGAGUUUAGUUGCACGUCUCUGCACUCUCUCCAGCUCAUUAAUAUCCUUCUGAAGGACUGGAGCCCAAAUCCACACUGCAUGUUCAAGCUCUCCAUGAAAACACAUCGCAGAACUUGGGAAAAACUUAAGGCAUCUUGUCAAAUACAAGUCUGUGGCCAGCAACAAGGGAUGUUAAAAUUGGAUAAAACCCUUUCUAAACCUACCUCCCAACUCACAGAUAUUUGAAACAAAAUAAUCUAAUAAAAUAUGUUAAUUCCUAAACA